UAUACUUUACGCGACAAUAAUGACGUCAUAAGCGGCGUAGAGUAGCCGCGCUCGGUGUGUGUUUUCUUGGAUUUAGCGCUCUCCUGACCAAUAAUUCUGGCAUGUUUCUGCUGUUAUAGAGGGCGCUGAGCAGCGGGGCGGUCAUUUCUGACCUCCGGCUUGACGGAAUAUUCGUAUUUUAGCUUUGGGAAAAGGUGUGUGUUUAUGGGACGUCAUUAAGUGUUGGAAAAAUGGCGGAGCGCGAGGAAGAGGUGGAAGUGUUGGUCCAAAGAGUUGUUAAAGACAUCACCAACGCCCUGAAGAGAAACCCGAACAUUGAUGAGAUUGGAGUGAUCCCAUGCCCAGAGGCACGUUACAACCGCAGUCCCAUCGUGUUGGUGGAGAACAAAUUGGGCGUUGAGAGCUGGUGUGUCAAGUUUCUGCUGCCAUAUGUCCACAACAAGCUGCUACUUUACCGUCAGCGCAAAGUUUGGAUGGACAGAGAAGCUUUAGUGGACAUCACCUGCACUGUUUUGCUGCUUAAUCCGGAUUUCACUACAGCCUGGAAUGUCAGGAAGGAGCUGCUGCAGUGUGGAGUCCUUAACCCAGAGAAGGACUUGUACUUGGGCAAGCUUGCUCUCACCAAGUCUCCCAAGAGCCCUGAAACAUGGAUUCACCGGCGAUGGGUGCUGCAGCAGGUCCUAGAUCAGUUCUCUGCCCCGGCACCAUGCAGGAAUCAGCAGCAAAAAAAAAUUGUGCAGGAUGACACUGUGAGGAAUCAGCAGCUUUGUGGUCAUCUGGCCAGGACUCUUCAUCAAGAAAUGAAGGUGUGCUCUGACGCUGCCUGCCGUUACCCUAGCAACUACAACGCCUGGUCCCACAGGAUCUGGGUGCUACAGCACAUGGCCAAGGGUAAUGUCAAGAUCUUCCAUGAUGAGCUGUCUUCUAUGCGCAUGUGGGUGUCCAUGCACGUGUCUGACCACAGCGGCUUCCACUACCGGCAAUAUCUCCUCAAAGAGCUGAUCGCUGAGCUCUCCCAGUCCCAAGCUUCCACCUCCACCAACAGUUCCCCUCAGCAUCACUUCACCACCGUCACGAGCAGCAAUCCCCACCACUGCAUUAACUUCCAGGUCAAAGGACGUGUUUCAGGAGCAGAGGGAGGAUACGAUGAGGAGAAGCAUCCUGGACUUGGUACAGUUUUUCAGCACUUCCAGCAGGAAAUGGACCUGUGCUCAGAUCUGAUCCAGUCCUUCCCUGGACACGAGGCACUGUGGUGUCACAGGCGGCAUGUCUUCUACCUGUGGCACCACUGGAGGCGCGAUCACAAGCACCUUUAUUACAGUUGCACUGAAGGCAUCAAGUCACUACACUGCAGCACCACUGACCUGAGCUUGUCAAACUCCCACGCACAUAGCUGCGGUGGCAGCGGGGACAGUGUGAAUGGACACGCUAGUGGGUCAAUGGACUUGGAUGGGGGGUCAUUGCCAGACCCUCGCAACAGCAAACGUCUGAAGAGAGGUGUACUGCCGCCCUCACCUCCCGUGCUGCACUCUGAGCAUGGCUUCGUGUGCCAUGUUCUGGACACUUGUUGUAACCCGGAGCAGAGACGCUUCGCCCUAGCAUACAGGAAAUGGUUAGACACAGUCAUUGGUCAGCAGCCAUAAAGGCGGGUCGGUUAGCUGCGUUUUCUCAGCUUCCAAGUUGUCUUUAAACAUGAAUAAAGGCUGAGUGCCACCCUGCCCACACGGUGCUGACUAUAACUAGUACGUUGGACGCAGAGAUGACUUUUUACUCCGAUCUCAGUGACAGGAAAUGGGAAGGGAUCAUAUGGUUCUGCCAAAGGUGCCACACAGUCCGUUGCCCCUUCUGAAUGGAGUCAUUUGUGUUGUAUUUACUUGUCACAUGUGGGUCAGUAGGUCUUAUUUCUUGAGUCACCGUGUGUCUCAGGCCACUUGUUUUUUUAUGUCUGUUUGGCUGCCAGCUAUUUUAUGUAGUAAGAUUUUGGUAAAGUCACCAGUUCAAGCUGCCACGGGAAGCUGAUAAAGUCUUAAUUAGACUUGCAGGUUUCAUAAAUGAUAGCACAAAUUUCCAACAUGUCCGGGUUGCUGCUGUUCUGUUGGCGUUCCGUUCUGAAGGAGGUGAAAUUAAAUACAUUUUCCUCUUUGGUUUUUACUCAGCCAGUCCCUUGUUGCUGGUUCUGUUUGCAUUUAGCCUUUUAAUUAUGUUACUGAAUAUAACUGAUAUAACUAUGUAGCUAAUUGCUAAGUUGAAAUAGCUUAGAACAGAAAGCCCCCCCAAAAAGUCUUCAUUUAACACUUUUGGUGUUUGCAGUCUGAAAAGGAAUCUUGGAUCAUUGUUUGCCAACCUGGAAGAGUAAACACAUUACUAUUUUAGCCUUAGCAUAGUUACUGUUGUAGCUUUAUCAUAUUUGUAAUAGUUACUUUGAAGGAUAGGGUGCCAGGGAAAUUAGUUCCUCUAUAAUAACUGGUGCUACCUGUUGCUGUUACUAUGAGUACAUAUAAUGAAGGUGUGUACUUCACAGUAUGUUAAAUUAAAACAACACUUUGGACUGUA